AAUUUAAAAAGUGGAAAAAGAAGAAGGCAAGUUCCUGCUGCUAUUCAUAAGCUAGGGUUUCUCUCAAGAACAACAGCAAGGGGGGCUGAUAGUAUCCGCCGGGGACAGAGGGCUUGAAACGUCUCUUACUUCUCGCGGAUAACAGCGGCGUCCAUCCAUGGCGAACGCGGCGGCAGCAACGAUGGGUGGUCGAUCGUUUCUGCAAGUGGCAUCCACGGAAGAGGUUGCUCCUCCCCUCAGAGUCGUUCAGAUCGAGGGACUGGUGGUACUGAAAAUCAUCAAACACUGCAAGGAGUUUUCCCCAGCUCUUGUCACAGGGCAACUUCUUGGUUUGGAUGUUGGUAGUGUCCUGGAAGUAACUAACUGUUUCCCUUUCCCGAUUCGAGAUGAAGAUGAGGAGAUUGAAGCAGAUGGUGCAAAUUAUCAGCUAGAGAUGAUGAGAUGUUUGAGAGAAGUUAAUGUUGAUAAUAAUACUGUUGGAUGGUAUCAAUCAACUCUUCUAGGUUCCUUUCAGACUGUGGAACUGAUUGAGACCUUUAUGAAUUACCAGGAGAAUAUAAGACGGUGUGUCUGCAUUAUUUAUGAUCCUUCGAAGUCUAACCAAGGUAUCUUAGCUCUGAAGGCCUUGAAGCUGUCAGAUUCCUUCAUGGAUCUGCACCGUAACAACAAUUUUACAGGAGAGAAGUUGAGAGAGAAAAAUCUUUCCUGGGUGGAUAUCUUCGAGGAGAUACCUAUCAAGGUAUCCAACUCUGCUCUUAUCAGUGCCUUUAUGACAGAGCUGGAAGCUGAUACACCCGUUGCCCAGUGUGAUUUGGAUAGGCUACAACUAUCAACCAAUCCCUUUAUGGAGAGGAAUGUUGAAUUUUUAAUUGAAUGCAUGGACGACUUGUCAAUGGAACAGCAGAAGUUCCAAUUCUACUAUCGGAACUUGUCACGCCAACAAGCACAGCAGCAAGCAUGGCUCCAGAAGAGAAGGUCAGAGAACAUGGCACGUAAAGCUGCUGGAGAAGAGCCUUUACCAGAGGAGGAUCCUUCCAACCCCAUUUUUAAGACUAUCCCUGAGCCAUCACGGUUGGAGAGCUUUCUCAUCACAAAUCAAAUUGCAAACUACUGCAAUCAAAUUAAUGGGGCCACGGGCCAGAGUUUCAGCAGACUGUACCUGAUGAAGGCGUUGCACGAGAAUUGAAGUAAUGCAUGAAUAGUAGUCAUUGGAAUGUUAAAUUCAGAAAUUAGUGCCGCCUUGUUGCUGUCAGAGAAAUGAAUCAUUUUUACUUUAUAUUGUAAUUUUCUGUUUCUUUUGUUUUUCUUUCGAGUAGAAUCUUGAGGUUUGAUAUCUAGAUUUUGCUUCCUUUUUCCCCUCGCCCAACAAAGAAUACGGCUCGGAUUUUUUUAUUUUUAUUUUUAUUUUUGUCAUUGUUACGCCGUUUAUUAGCUUAAAGUUUGAAUUGAUCGGCUGUAUGAUUAUCUCUUCGUAGUUA